AUGGGUAUGCGCGUUAUUGCCAUCGACGGCGGCGACGCCAAACGCGAUCUCUGCCUCUCUCUUGGUGCCGAGAGGUUUAUCGACUUCACUACAUGCUCGGACAUCACUUCCGAGAUCAUGAAGAUUACUACUUAUGGCGCUCAUGGCGUGAUCGUUUUCGCAGCAACGAAAGCAGGCUACGAACAAGCGCCAAACUUGCUGAGACCCAACGGCACGAUGGUGUGUGUAGGCCUACCGAAAGAUUCGUCGAUCAUUGCGGGAGCUAGUCCAAUCCUGAUGUGCCUCAAGAGAUUGAAUGUUGUGGGAAGCGUGACAGGAACGCUAAAGGACGUUGAGGAGGCACUCGACUUUACUUCGCGAGGACUCGUACAUCCGAUUCUGACUCAUGGUGGUUUGGAGGAUAUUGAUCGGUUCUGUGCAGACAUGAAUGCAGGGAAGCUUGCUGGACGGGCUGUUAUCAAGAUCGCUGCGUAG